GGAGGAGGAAAAUCAACAGGUGAGAAUUGCCACGCGCACCUGUCCCAGCGCAGCACGUGUUUCUUGCAAUACGGAAUAAAACACACCUAUUACCCCCUUUUAAAUCUAAGACUGAGAGGCAAGAAGAGACAAGGGGAGACAAGGAGAGGAUGAGCCCAGGGGAAACCUACGGCGGGGAACUGCAAUACCGAACACUGGUAACAGGAUGGGUGACUGGGAAUUGGGUGCUCUUUCUCUUUCUCUCUCUGCCUCCGUCUCUCUACCUCUCUCCGCCCCGCCCCCAAGCCAGUAUACCGCUGAGAGUCAUAGAGGAAGGUCACGCGCCGCCUCUGUCACUCAGUCACUCUCGAGAUUGCAAGACGCAAGGAUUAUCGAGACGCGCGGGGUUGUUUCUAAAGAUUCACGUUUUUGCAGAGAGGAGUGAAUGAUUGGCACGAUUUCUGAUAUUAAGUCUCUGGGUUUGAUUGAAGAGACCUAACUGUAUAAGUCUCUUGCAUCUAAUCUCUCACUGCGGAUCUGAAGAGACGUGCUGUUAUGUCUCUUCCCUAACUCUGUAGGCAGCUGAUCACCGCACCUCAAAGCCCAGAAGAGGAAAAGUCAGGUAACAAAACAUAAACCAACUCAAUUUUAUCAAGACUCAACUCAUAAGAAAAGUCGAGUUACGGAACUAAGUCACACCAAGAAUUACACUUUGCCACACACUCCGCGUCUCUGGGGCACCAUGGGGCGACCAGCCAGGCAAGCACACGAGAGUCACCGAGAACUGCCAACCCGCCAGGCUGCAAACCGAUCACGCUGAAGAGAAGGGACGAGAACCACAAGCCAAGUCGAUCUCGAGUACUUUUAUCUAUUGGAGUCUCCGCCACGCUCGCCCUCCCUCGGUACUAGCGAAGCACGAGGGGUUACUGCACCGCUGCCGGCCACCUUAAGAGCAUCAAUGUUCCUCCAGCCAAAAACCCCCGGAGAUACUGAUGACGCCUCGCGAACUGGGAAGAUGAUGAAGGAAGAGAAGAGAAAGAAGAAGAAGAAAGAGAGGAGAACAUCUUUCCUGCAGUCCUUCCUUCCCCUCCCCAUCCCAUCCACUCCCUUCUCUUCCUCUCUCCCUGGUCUCCUCUCUCUCUGGGGUCUCCUUUUCCUCUUCACAUUAUCCAUUCCACAAGGCUGGGCUUACAUUCAACUAGGAGCACUGGGGGUUCAAGUCCACAACGUCAAGGUGCCGCAGCCAGGAGUGGCGGGGCGGCAGGCGAGGCUGGAGUGUCUGUGGGCAGCGGGCGAGAGAGGAUUCUACUCAGUUCGGUGGUAUAAGAAUGAUGAGCAGUUCUACAGCUAUGUACCCAAGAACAAGCCCCAGGUGAAGGUGGAUCAUCAUAUUGAAGGAGUUAGUGUGGAGCUUUCCCAGUCGGACGAGCGCGUGGUGACCCUGAGGGAGCUGCGCCUGGAUUCCGAGGGGGUGUACCGCUGCGAAGUCAUGAGCGAGAGCCCCUACUUUGAGUCCUCGUUCGCUUCCAGCAAUCUCACUGUGGUAGCAAUGCCGGACGCGCCAACACUGGGAGGGCUGAGAUCAAGUUACCGAGUGGGCGAGAUGCUUAACGUCACGUGCACCGCCUACGACUCCCGCCCGCCAGCCCGCCUCACCUUCUUCAUGAACCGAGAGGCUGUGACUCCGGAGUCGGGGCGGGUGAGGACGCUGGCGCCGCGGGAGGGAAGGUACCUCGGGGUAUAUGACACGACGGCGGUGCUGGAGCGACCCAUUGGCAGAAGGCUGGUGCCCUCACUCAGCCUGGUGUGUCGCGCCGAGGUGCUGUCUCUGUCCACGCAGGUCGAGGCCAACGUGGAGGUGCAUGAACACUCCGGCUCAGCCCCGCUCUUCUUGCUUAAUACAGGCUCUGGUCUCAGCCCCGCCCUGCCCGCCCUGCUGCUGCCCCCGCUACUGCUUACCACCCUCACACACCUCCUGACCUCCAGCUGAUUGCACCGCCUCCCCCCUCACACCUCAUAGCUCACCACACACACACACACACACACACACACACACACACAGGCAAUGGUUCAUCCCUCAAAGCUCUCUCUCUCUCUCCAGUCUCUCCAGCCCUUGUUGAAUAUCUAAGACCAGUCGACUCUCUCUCUCUCUCUCUCUCUCUCUCUCUCUCUCUCUCUCUCUCUCUCUCUCUCUCUCUCUCUCUCUCUCUCUCUCUCCCAAACCUGAUACGCUUUCACCUUGUACUUUUUUUUCCAUUUUUUCUUUUUUUUCUCUUUCUUUCUUUCUCUUUAUCUAUCAUCUCUACAGUUUUUCCUAUAAUUUCGUCUCUCUCUCUCUCUCUCUCUCUCUCUCUCUCUCUCUCUCUCUCUCUCUCUCUCUCUCUCUCUCUCUCUCUCUCUCUCUCUCUC